GUGAUUUCCCUAUACCGUCUUACAGAAAAUCACACAGCAUUUAUGUCCGGUACUGUACAGUGUACAACAAUAUGUACAUACACGUGUGCAUGUGUACAUGCAAAUUUUGCAGUGCAAUGCAUGAGCACGCAAUGUACAUGUUUGCCGCAAUUAUACUGCAUAACAAUGGCAUAGUUUUUUACUUUAACAUGCUUUGUUGAAAAUUCGAUGUUCAAUUGUAAAUUCUUCGAAUUUUUUGGCUAAAGAAUGCAUUGUCAAGAGAAUACUCUUUAAUCAAGAAUGAACAUUCGUCGGUUUCCAGGAUUUAUUUAUCAUCAUAAAUUUGUGGCUUUUGGAAUUUUUCUAACAUUUUUUAUUAUUGUUUAUUUAUUGUAUCACUGGGGAAUUGUUUGCACUAAUCUUGAGGCUCGACAUCAUGUUUCGACAGUGUGUAAGAACUUUAGAAAUAGGAAAGCCAUGGGCGUUUUAUGUGAACCAUUAUGUUCAGAACAGAGUAUUCAUUCACUUGCAUGCGAAAAUUUACACUCUGGUAAAGAAGCAGUAUUUUCUGCUAGUUGGGAGACGACAAAACUUGUUUUUAAAACAUCUAGAAAAUUAUCAGAUAAAGAAUUAUAUGAAGCUUUAUAUUGGGUAGAUACUUAUGGUAACAAACAUUAUCCAUCAGAGAAUGAAUUUGAGAAAAUGAUAAGUGAUUUAGUUUAUAAUCGAUUAAAUAUUACAAUUAGUCAGAGACAUUUGGAGAAAUUAAGUCAUCUACGAUUAGGUCAUCAAGAAACUGAUGAAGAAAGACGAGAAUUUGAAAUGGAAAAUAUAUGGAGGUUAUUACAAGAGAAUGAAUAUCUUAUGUCAAUUAUUUAUGAAGAUAGAGAACUUUUUCCUCGUUUAAUUGGAACUUGUGGAUCUUUCUAUGCUGUUGAAUAUGUUCAACCUCUUAAAAUACCAUCAAAUUCUCUAACGGAGUUAGAUACAAUUCGUGAAUGGGCUAUAAGACUUAAAUUAGCUAUAAUGAUAAUGGAUUUUGUUGAUGAAUUACAGAACAAUUUUCCAGAAUCACUUUAUUUAUGUGAUGUAAAAAUUAAUCAUUUCGGGAUUCCAUAUGGUGACCAACGACUUAAAUUCCUUGAUCUUGAUGCAGUUUUUCCUAAAAGUAUUGUUGGUCGUUUCACUGGUGAUGGAAAAACAUGCAUUAAACAUGAAGACUGUGAUUAUUUUGAUUGUAGAUCGGUAUGUUCUACAAAUAAACGUUGUGAAUCUCCAGUCGUUAAUGAUAAUCUUCAGAUUAUUUGUGAAAAAAUAUUUUUGGGAUGGACACUCUCAGGUACAAUAAUGAUUCCUGGCCUUUUAAUGUCUAGAACAACGACUGGUAGUCUUGCAAUUCUUUUAAGACAAUGUGCUAAUCCUCAUGGAGAUGUAGGAUAUCGUCCACGUGCACCAGUCCCAUUAGCUGUUAAGACUAAGCUUUAUAAUAUGCUUACAGAAAUGGAGAGACAAUAUGCAUCAUUAAUGUAAAUUGCAUAUUGACUGACAAUUUAUGAGUAUUGGCCUUAUUAGAUUUAAUGAAUGAUUAUUUUACGCCAUUAAUGUAUAAAUACAUUUUUGUAAAUAUCCAGUAUUA